AUGUAACCAUACUCUAGACCAAGUAAUUUAAAUACAAAUGGAUUUUGUUAAGUGGAAUAAAAUUUUCACAUUUAAAAUGAAUUUUAAUAUAAUAGAAAUAUAAAUUAAGAUGAUCAAUUUAUUGAAUAAAAAAGAACAAAUAUUUAAUAGCACAAUAAUGUUUAGGAAGUUAGAAGUGAUUUUCCAAAUAAUAAUAAUCUCAAUGAUGAUGAAAAUUAAAAUACCCAAUAAUUUGAAACUACAUAAUAAUAGUUAAGGGCAAUUUAUUUAUUUGCUUUAUUAGAAUCAGUUAUUGCUAUUAUAUUAAUAACUUUUUUUUACUACAUUAAAAGUCUUUAAUAAUAUCUUAUAGAUGAAAAUACACUUCAAUUAAAUAAACUAACAUUUUAUUGCAUGAACAUUCCUAUAUUUGUUCUUUUGUUUAUUAUUUUUAUUGUAUACAGUGCAAAUAGAGUAUAAAUUUAAAAUUAAUAAAGAAUCCCCCUGAAGAAUUCAAUAAGAUAGCAAUAUUAACCUACACUUUGGUAUUUCAAUAUACUAUUGUUUGCUAUGGCAUAUUUUAGUUUAAAAAAUUGAAUCAAGGAUGUAAAAAUAUAUUCUUAUAAUUAAAUAAUUAGUCCUUUACAUUUAAAUCACUUAAGGCCUUAUUGUUCUUAUCCUGAUUAUAUUUAUUGUAAGGCCUAAAUAUAGUUUCAACUUGAGAAGUACUAUUUUAUAAUCUAUAAGGUUAUUUUUUGAUUGUUAUUGUCUCAACCUUAUUCUUAGUACUAUUUAUGUCAAUUUUUUUUGAAGAUCUAAAAUUUUGGUGGAUGUUUGGGGUUCCUGUGAUUGCAUAUUUUUUUGCCCUCAAAUUAUAAAUAUUUUGUUGGGUAAUUAUAACGUUUAUACAUAUUUAGAUAGAUUAAUCUUAGAAUAAUUCAAUAUUGGUUUUGAUUCAUUAUGGCAUAUUCUAACUGAUGAUUUUAGUUUUCGUAAUUAUUAUCAUAAUUUAAAAACAUUUGUAAUGA